AAAGUUGUUUUUGUUUCCCGGUUUUUAAAUUUUUGUUAACAAAUGUCGUCAACUUUCUGUAAAACUUUUCCACUUAUUCGUGUCAUUUAAAGUGUCGAAUUGAUUAAAAAAUGAGUUCACAGUACUUCGGUUUCGACGACGAUGCUACCGUCAGUACGUCGUGCAUUCAGAAACCAUCUCCUCCGCCGCCGAAACCUGUAAUGAAAAAGGUAACACCCUGCAGUCCUGAAACCAGUAAGCUUACCAUUUCGGAAAUUCAAGCUCUCCUAUGUCAAGAUCUCACUACACUCGAUGGUUCAGUAAAUUCAUCCAUCAAUGAAACCAGCUUUUAUACAGAUGAAGAAACAUACGAAACUACUGAAACACUUACUGAAACGGUUGCAGAAGAAGUCUACGAAGAUCAGCCAAGCAUGGAUGAGAUGAUCGACAGAAGACGUCGGAAAGUAUUGGGCAAUAUUGAGAAUAAAGCUGAGAAACCUAUGAAAACAUAUAAGAAACCUGCUAGAGCUGACAGCAGCUUAAUUGAGAAAUCAUUUACAACUGGUAAAAAAACGGUUAAAAUCAAUACUGAUGACAUCGAAAACAAAUCCGAGAAACCUGCCAGAACGUAUAAACAAUUGGGUAAAGUUGUCAAUGAUAAUGUUGAAAAGGAAACGAAAGCUGUCAAACCCACCAAAAAACGCAAAGCGAAGAAAGAAAAUGAAGAGAAUGAAGAAAAUUUUGACAAGUUCGCCGAACAAAUUAACAAACAGUUCGCGCAAGUCGAAAAUUUCCAAUUACAUGUGGAAUAGGAAUAGGACUGAGAUGAACAAAUAUUUGCAUUUAUGUGAUUUUUUAUUAUGAUAAGUGUAUCGUAGAUACUCUAAUACGCAUUUUUAUUUUUAAAACGAUGAUCAUAGUGAACAUUUUUUCUAUACUUACUAUUUUCGCGCAGUACCUAUUUAUUAUAUUUAUUAUUGUAUAUUAAGUAUUUGUAAAAACUUGUACACGUUCUGUAAUUACCUACCUAUUUUAAAUAAAAUCGAUUAUCUACUU